AUGCUUGAACGGCGAGGCAAGGGUGCAAUAGAGAUGCUGCUGGCUCUGUGGGAGAGGCUCGAGACGGAAGCUGCAGUACAUGCUGCAUCGGCUCCGGUCGCGGCACGAGACGCUUCCGAGUCCAGCUAUAUGGAGGUCCAAGGCAGACUGCAUUUCCUGGGGAUACCGCCAGAGCUACGCCUCGCAAUAUAUCACCUGUACCUCGAAGAGCAUCAGCGUGUUCACGAGAACCGCCAACCGACCAAUGCGCACCUUCGUCUGCUACUAAUUAGUCAUCAAGUAUGCGAGGAAGCUCAAUCCAUCCUUCGCCAGUACAUAUCGCUCAAGAACGAGAGACAAAUCGAAUUGUUUCUUUGGAAUGUCGGCGAUAAGCGAGCAUCCUGUCUAACUUUCGCAGAUGUUGCGAAUGAUGGCCGCGUUGAACUCAGUGAGCUAUCGGUCAAGCAUCUGCGUGUCUUCGAAUAUGAAGCUACUCCUUAUCUCAGCCUCUACCAAACAGUCUCGCGAACUAGGUGGUCCUGGCAGUUCGAAGCGGCGAUGUAUCCCGCAGCAUGUCCUCUCCGUCUACUCUCGUACGAAUUGUAUCUCAGCCCCGAGGUCAGAGUCCAAGCACUAGAACAGAUACGGUCCCAUCACCUGCGGACAUUGCGGCUCUCAGGCAACUGCCAACUCCUGCGCGAACACGACACAUCCUCCCUGCGCAAUCUCAUUAUCACCGGAGUUACCGGCAGCUAUUUUGACCAACGACGGCUUGAUCAAUGCUUUCUAGAUGCACCGCUUGAAUCCUUUAUGUACGGGAUGGGCCAUAGACUCGGUUUCGAGAUUCGAAAUCAUCACCUGCAGUCCCUGGUGUCAGGUCCACGGCCCCAGCACCUGCGCAAGCUGCAGCCGUCUAACCAGUGA